UCUGAUAGUUGAUUUGUUUUCCAGUUGUUUCCAACAUGAGCAGCAUCAGUACAACAGUCACACCACAGACGAGCUCAGCUGUUAUAAAUAUCACACUGCAGGAAGGAUGUUCUAAUCAGAGCUCUGGAUGUCUAAAAAAUCUUCUUGAGCAGAUAGAGAACAUUACAGCUCAAGAGCUUCCACUGAAUACGGUGACCGACAUUUUGACUGUGGUCUUCAACGCUUCAGAGAAGAUUUCAGUGUCUUCAUCAUCAGCCAGUCCAGCUCAGCUAGCCUCAUAUGGAACUAAAGUGUUGAAAAGCAGCGAGAAACUCAUUUCUACAUUGGUGAAGCCGACAGAAACAAGUGCCAAUGUCAGUUUCACUCUUGCUGCUGUAGAGGGAAAAGUCUUCAUGGUUGGACCACAGGUGACCUUAGAUAAAAUCCCUCAACUUGACACAACAAAUUCUUCUGUAGACAUCGAUCUUAUUGGCAUCGCCAAGAACAACAAUGACAGAUCUGCUGUGGCUUUCAUGAGCUACACCACAAUGGAGAAUCUACUGAAGGCCGACUUCUUCAACACAACUAAUGACACCAUUAAAACCAUGAUGUCCACUGUGAUCUCAGCUACUCUUCCCAAAACCAGCAACACUGCACUCACCAAAGCAGUCAACUUCACCUUCAGACACAUCAGAGAGUUUGAGCCCAGCGGUUCUCUGUCCUGUGUGUACUGGAAUAUCAGCGAGUGGAUUGUAGAUGGUUGUUCUGUGUUAAACAGCAACAGCAGCCACACUGUGUGUUCCUGUGUUCAUCUGUCCACAUUCGCUCUCAUCAUGCAGACCAGCAGCAGUCCACCACCGAGCGAUCUGCUGGAGCUGCUGGGUCUGGUGUGUGUGAUCGUGGGUCUGGUGUUCUUCAGUUUGGCUCUGUUGUCCUUUGCUCUUUGUCAGUGGAGUCCUGGAGUCAAUAAUGUGGCUCGAAUCAACAUCUGCAUCAGUCUGCUGUCGGCUCACCUUCUGUUUCUGCUCACACAACAGUUCCUGAGCCUCAUUCGCCCUCAGCAGGUGUUGUGUGUGGCGAUAGCAGGCCUUCUGCACUUCCUCUUCCUCUCCGCCUUUGUGUGGAUGUUCAUUGAAGCUGUGCUGCUCUUCAUCUGCGUCAAGAACCUGUCACAGAUCAGCUCCAAAAAGAGGGAGGUGCUUAGCAGUGGGUUCCUGUGUGUGAUUGGAUAUGUGCUUGCUAUGGUUGUGGUGUGUGUGUCUAUUGGGCUGGUUCCAGAAGGAUACGGCAGCGAACAUUGCUGGAUUAAAACAGAUGAAGGGUUUAUCUGGAGUUUUCUGGGUCCUGUUUGUGUCAUACUAGCAUUAAACUUGAUUCUCUUCUUUAAAAUCGUCAUCACUCUGAACUCGACUCUCAAAAAUCUCAAUGCUGAAGUCUCACAGAUGAAACAAACCAAGGUUAUGGUGUUUAAAACACUGGGUCAGUUUGUGGUUCUUGGUUGUCCUUGGAUUCUGGGUUUCUUCACUAAUGGCAGUGAGGUGCUGGAGAUCGUCUUCCUGAUCUUCAACUCUCAGCAGGGAACCUUCAUCUUCCUGAUCUACUGUCUGCUCAAUAAUGAGAUCAGGCAGCAGUACUGGAGGUGCUUCAAAUGUCUGUGCUCUGGAUGCAAAGAAAACUGAGGACUGCAGCAUCGUGUACAGGGAAUAUGAAGUACCAUAAUUUACACACAUGAUUUUAAAAUGGAGUUAUGUUACUAAAUGUCAUAAUUUCAGUUCCUUUUGAAAAUGAUAGAGAAAUGUGAUGCAUAAGACACUUAAUAUUACAGCUGACAGUACUUUUGAUGUUAAGCAUUGACUCCUCUUUAAUCUCUAAACACUGAAUUUAAGAUUACUGGGUGAAGGGUAAGAAUAUUUUAUAACUAAAUCUAAAAGCUUUUGUUCACUUCAAAGAGUUCUGACUUGUAUUUAGGAUGUGUUAAAUAUUAUCAUGAGGGUGGUUUGCUCCUUAAUAUUUCUCCAUUGUUAUGCUUGACUAUUGUUUUUGCAUAAUGAACAUUACAGCUAAAAGCUCAAUUAGCUUAAAGUUUUGAAGACAUCAUUCAAUAAAUAUUGUAAUUUACAGACAAAUAAGUUUGAACUUGAUUAUUUUCAAUAUUCCGCGGCUGCAGACACAUCCAAUCCUCAACUAACAGGCUACACAACAUGCCAAUGCAUAUCUCACAUAACCUUUCAUAUGCCAUGGGAAUUUCAAGACCUAACUAGCAAUUUCACUGUAAUUUUUCAUUAAAUACCUGCAACCA